AUGUCGGUCGAACUGACGCCGCCCGAACUGGGCUUCAAGAGACCCUUCACCCAGGAGGUCUCGCAGAGUCUGCGCCUGCGCAAUCCGAAUAGUGACCCUGUCGCAUUCAAGGUCAAAACCACCGCUCCGAAACAAUACUGUGUCCGCCCCAACUCCGGUCGCAUUGAGGCUGGCAAGGAGGUCGAGGUUCAGGUUCUGCUUCAGGCCAUGAAGGAGGACCCGCCUCCAGAUGCCCGUUGCCGUGACAAGUUCCUUGUCCAGUCCGUCGCUGUGACCGCCGACAUGGAGUUUAGCAACGUUGGCACCAUUUGGAGCCACAUUGAGCAGACGGCCAAGCACACCAUCCAGGAGAAGAAGAUCCGCGUCGUCUUCCUGCCUGCCGAUAGCACUUCGGGCGCUCCGUCCGUUAACGGUACGACCGCAAACGACGUCUCGUCCCAGCGCUCUCCCUCCCCCGAGGCUGUGACUCCACAGCGCACCACCACCGGCUCCGUUUCCCGUCCGGAGUCUCGUCCCUCUUCGGCCAAGACCACGGGUGAAGCUGUCAACUCUGCAUUCAACCCCGCCAACCAGUCGAUGAUCGGAAGUGCCGUCUCGAGCGUGACCAGCGCGAUCCCUACGUCCACGGAAGAACUCAAGGCGCAGCUCCAGGAGGCGCGGGCGACGAUCGCGAGGCUGGAGCAGCAGGCGUCGCAGGGCCUUAGGCAGCGCAAGGGCGAGGGCGUUAGCAGCAAGGAAGAGAAGGCGUCGAACCUGGCGGUUCAGCAGGCGCCGGCAGGAGGUGUUCCGGUGCAGGUGGUGGCGGGCUUGUGUCUGUUUAGCUUCCUGCUGGCUUACUUCUUCUUCUAA